AUGGCCGACGGCAAAACCUCGCUCGCCGCGCUUCAGCAGGCGACGGACUUCCUCAUUAAGCCGGAGCCGACGAAGCGCGACGUCAUGGACACUAGCGAGUGGCCGUUGCUGCUGAAAAACUAUGACAAGCUGAACGUGCGCACGGGGCACUACACGCCGAUUCCCAUGGGACACACGCCGCUCAAGCGCCCGAUUUCGGAUUACGUGCGGUACGGAGUGAUCAAUCUGGAUAAGCCCGUGAACCCGAGCUCGCACGAGGUGGUUGCGUGGAUCAAGCGCAUUCUGCGCGUCGACAAGACGGGCCACAGCGGCACGCUGGAUCCCAAGGUGUCAGGCAGCCUGAUCGUCUGCGUGGAUCGCGCGACGCGCCUCGUGAAGGCGCAGCAGGGCGCGGGAAAGGAGUACGUGUGCAUCGCGCGGCUCCACAGCGCCGUCGACAGCGAGGCGACGGUCGUGCGCGCGUUAGAGAAGCUCACGGGCGCGCUCUUCCAGCGCCCGCCGCUCAUCUCCGCCGUCAAGCGCCAGCUGCGCAUCCGCACGAUCUACGAGAUUAAGCUCCUCGACUACGACGCGGCGCGGAACCUCGUCGUGUUCUGGUGCUCCGUCGAAGCCGGCACGUACGUGCGAACGCUCUGCGUGCAUUUCGGCCUGAUGCUCGGCGUCGGCGCGCACAUGCAGGAGCUGCGGCGAGUGCGGUCCGGCAUUCUGGGCGAAAUGAACAACAUGGUAACCAUGCACGACGUUCUCGACGCGCAGUACUGUUAUGACAAGUACGGCGACGAGACGUACCUGCGGCGCGUGAUCAUGCCGCUCGAGGUGCUGCUGACGUCGUUCAAGCGGCUCGUGGUGAAGGACAGCGCGAUCAACGCGCUGUGCUACGGCGCGAAGCUCAUGCUGCCGGGGCUGCUGCGAUACGAGAACGCCAUUGAGGUGGGUGAGGAGGUGGUGCUGAUGACGACCAAGGGCGAGGCGAUCGCCAUUGCUAUCGCACAGAUGACGACAGCAGGCAUGGCGUCAUGCGACCAUGGCGUGGUGGCAAAGGUGAAGCGAGUGGUGAUGGAGCGAGACACGUAUCCCCGCAAGUGGGGCCUGGGCCCGGUUUCGCAGCAGAAGAAGAAGCUGAUUGCGGGCGGCUUGCUGGAUAAACACGGAAAGCCGAACGAGAAGACGCCGGCCGAGUGGCUUCGGUCGAUUCCGGAUUAUGUGGCUGCGGCUGCGGCGGUGAACGGGGAGGGGGCGGAGGGAGAGGAGAGGGCUGCGGAUGGUGCUGCUGGGGAUGUUGUGAUGGACGAGGCGAAGGGCGAUGGGGAGGAGAGCACCCCGAAGAAAAAGAAGGAGAAGAAGGAAAAGAAGGACGGGGAGGAGAGCACUCCUAAGAAGAAGAAAGUGAAGGAUGGUGAAGGUGCGGCUGCUGAGGGUUCAGAGUCUGCCAAGAAGAAGAAAAAGAAGAAAGAGGAAGCGGAUGGGGCGGCUGGAGAGGGAGUCGCAAAUCCCUGUCGCGCCAGUGUUGCCGGGCUGUGCGCGCUCCCGUCCAAGGGUCUUUUCUUCUCUGCUGACGUGUCCCGCCUCGGGAGUGCAUCCAACGCGGGCUACUGCAAUGUCAGCGCGCUGCCCCGCUCGACUCGUCCCCAGCCGUGCCGCCUGGCCUUCCAUUCGCGGUCGAAGCCCGCAUGCGCGAGGGCAACGAAUGGCGCAACCGACGAUCAGCAGCCGCCUGCGCCGCCGGCGGAAGACGUGGCGGGAAAUAGCCGCCUGGAGCGCGCAGAGAGCGGAACGCGCAAAGUGACGAGGCGAGAGGCGAUGGCGGCGACGCUUUUGGCGCUGGGCGUGGCGGCGAGCGGCGCAGACUCCACACUGGCGGACGCUGUUAUGCGCGCAGUGCCGUUCCCCGUGGCGCGUGGAUGGAACGAGGGGCGAUUCGGCCGCGCUGCUGCCGCAGAGGCGAAAGGUGCGGGGAAGAAGGAAGAGAGGGUGAAGACGAAUGAGGAAAUCGACGAUGAGGAGGAAGAGGAGAGGCUGGAGAAGUUGAGGACGAACGAGGAGAAGAGGAAGGAGAGGAUCGCAGUCCGGGAGGAGAAGAGGAGACUGAAGAUUAAAGAGAAGGAGGAGAAGAGGAGGAACAAGAUUGAGGAGAGGGAGAAGAGGAGGGCUUUCAAGAUAAAGACGAAGGAGGAGAGGAGGAGAGCGAGGAUUGCAGAGAAGGAGGAGAAGAGGCGGAAGAAGAGGGAACUGGCGAAGGAGAAGCGGCUGAAGAAAGAGCAAGCUAGGCUCGAGAGGGAGCAGAAGAACGAGCAAGAUAGGCUGGAGAGGGAGCAGAAGAACGAGCAAGAUAGGCUGGAGAGGGAGCAGAAGAACGAGCAAGAUAGGCUGGAGAGGGAGCAGAAGAACGAGCAAGAUAGGCUGGAGAGGGAGCAGAAAAACGAGCAAGCUAGGCUGGAGAAAGAGCAGAAGAAAGAGGCGGCUGCAAAACUGCGGCUUGAGAAAGAAAGCGCCGUGUGA